AGCUGACUGCUGACCACCCUCCCCUCGGCCAUGGACACCCCUGGCUAUCCUUCAUUGGUGCCCACGACCCUGGAACCUGAGAACGCCUCCUUGGCCUGGCCCCUGAAUGCCACCCUGGGAAACGUGUCGAUGGGCCCAAGCCCGGCAGGGCUGGCCAUCAGUGGCGUUUUGAUCCCACUGGUCUACCUGGUGGUGUGCGUGGUGGGCCUGCUGGGCAACUCGCUGGUCAUCUACGUGGUCCUGAGGCACACGGCCAGCCCGUCGGUCACCAACGUCUACAUCCUCAACCUGGCGCUGGCUGAUGAGCUCUUCAUGCUGGGACUGCCCUUCCUGGCUGCCCAGAACGCUCUGUCCUACUGGCCCUUUGGCUCCCUCAUGUGCCGCCUGGUCAUGGCCGUGGACGGCAUCAACCAGUUCACAAGCAUCUUCUGUCUCACCGUCAUGAGCGUGGACCGCUACCUGGCCGUGGUGCACCCCACCCGCUCGGCCCGCUGGCGCACAGCGCCCGUGGCCCGCACAGUCAGCGCAGCCGUCUGGGUGGCCUCAGCCGUGGUGGUGCUGCCCGUGGUGGUCUUCUCGGGUGUGCCCCGUGGCAUGAGCACCUGUCACAUGCAGUGGCCCGAGCCGGCGGCAGCCUGGCGGGCCGGCUUCAUCAUCUACACGGCUGCGCUGGGCUUCUUCGGGCCGCUGCUGGUCAUCUGUCUCUGCUACCUGCUCAUCGUGGUGAAGGUGCGCUCGGCCGGGCGGCGGGUGUGGGCACCCUCGUGCCAGGGGCGACGGAACUCUGAGCGCAGGGUCACUCGCAUGGUGGUGGCCGUGGUGGCGCUCUUCGUCCUCUGCUGGAUGCCCUUCUACGUGCUCAACAUUGUCAACGUGGUGUGCCCGCUGCCCGAGGAGCCUGCCUUCUUCGGCCUCUACUUCCUGGUGGUGGCGCUGCCUUAUGCCAACAGCUGUGCCAACCCCAUCCUCUACGGCUUCCUCUCCUACCGCUUCAAGCAGGGCUUCCGCAGGGUCCUGCUGCGGCCUUCCCGCCGUGUGCGAAACCAGGAGCCCACCGUGGGGCCUCCAGAGAAGACCGAGGAGGAGGACGAGGAAGAGGGUGGGGCGCAGGGGAAGGGGAAGGAGGAGAAUAGCCGGGUCAGCCAGAUCACACAGCCUGGCAGCAGCGGGCAGGAGCGGCCGCCCAGCAGAGCAGCUGGCAAGGAGCGGCAGUUCCUGCCCCGGGAGCCCUCAGCUGGGGAGAAGUCCAGCACGCUGCACAUCAGCUACCUGUAGGGGCCUGGGGAGGGCCAGGGUGGCCCGAGGAAGGGACAGAGGCCAUGGGUGUGCCUGGGGCAUGCUGCCCUAGGUGCCAGAGACCCAUGCUGGGAUGUUCAGAGGCCUGGGCUCUGAUCCCACUGCUGCCGGGACUUGCUGUGUGACCUUGGGUAGGUCACUUCCACUCUCUGGGCCUCAUUUCCUCCCCUGUGACUCAGGGAUAGGAGUAAGCGGUCUGGAUGAGCUCUGUCAGGCGAGAGGUCUGGUGGGCAUCGCUGCUGGGCUGACCUUGCUGAGCGGGGCCGGGGUAAAGGCUGAGUGCAGACGAGCCUGCCUCCCAGAGACGGAGCAUCCUGGGGAACCAGCCUGAAUCUUGGCCCUCAGAGGCCUGGAUUUCCCAGGCUCAGGGUCAGGGACACGGGAGAUGCUGGGGGCUGGGCUGGAGCCCCAAACAGAAGAAAGUCUAACCUGGGGGAAGGAGGGCCUAGAAGUGCUCAGGCCCGGGUCAGCGCUCCCCUGUGGGCUGUGAGGCCUUGGGCCAGCUGUGCUCCUCUCAAUUGUCCUCUGCCGGACAACUCGGUAACCUCCAGGCCCUCUUGGCCCAGACGCUCAGAGCUGGAGCUCCUGUGAUCCUGGACAUGAGGAGAAGAGGUGAACUUUCUAGGAAGCUAAUGGUGUCCAGCUUCAGGGUCCCUUACUGCUUGGGCUCUUUUGAGGCCCUGAGUCUAAUUUUGUACUGUAAUUUUGUAUUCCUUUUCUUAAAGAGGGACCCCAAACUGCAUAAGCCUAGGCCACCCAAAGCCUGGCUCGGGGCCCCUGUUGAGGUCAGCUACCUAAGGCAGGUUGCUUUGGGUCUUGUGGCUGGAAUUGGGGUGGGGGCAUCCUCAGGUCUCUGAGGGCUUCCAAGAGCCUCCUCAUAGUGGGACCUGCCCUGUUUCUCUGCUUGCGACCUCUCUCUCUUCCCCUCCUGGAGACCCAGGCAGGGACCCAUGUGGACUGGCAUGGAAAGAGUGUCUGAGCAGCGCUGUG